AUGGCAGCUAAAAGGAUGAGACAAAGAGAAGCUGGCUACAACAAUGAGGGGGUGGAAGUUGACCUUUAUGACGGUGAUGAUGGCAGCAUUACAGUGAUUCAUGAUAUAGAUCAUUCAAGGGAUGAUAUUAUGGCUGCUUCAAGUUCACAUUCACAUUCACGCAGUCGUGAAGCGUUGCACAAUCUGAAUCUUUCGGUAAUACGAAAACCAGCACGAGAGGUCACAUUUUCAAACAUUAAGGUGCGAACCUAUCCCAUAUGCGUUGGCGACAACCCAGCUUGCUCCGACGGAGUUCCAUUGGCAAUAGAUUGGCAAUAUCAGAAGGAGUAUAACUUCACAGUGGAUUAUUAUGAACGAAAACUAGAAAAAUGGGCCAACAAUCCUGAAUCCCCAAUGCAUCCAAAUCGAUAUCCUCGCAAAACAGAAGCCGAACUUCGAAUAUCAGCAGCCGACAGAUUGCAACUUUUAUUCUCCUCUGGGGUCAUGCCGCCAGAUGCCAAUCUAGCAUUUCGACAGGUAGAACUAGUACGGCGGAAUCGGGAAGCUACCAUACGGAGUCUUCAUUUUUGGCACAUGAUUUAUGUCUGGGAAAGAAUACAAAGAGCAACUCGAAAUGCUACUGUAGGGCGAGCCUCCAAGAAAAAAGAACGGUUAAUGCUUCAGCCGUAUCGGAAUAUGGAGGGGGAAAACAACAGUAUUGAGAUCAGUGUCGAUGAAAUUCCUACACCCAGAAGAUGGUUUACCUUUCGACAGUCCGACCAGAACAGCAGUCCAUUGAACAACAUUCACAAACGCAAAAAGCCUGCCCCAAUAGUAUUGAAUCAAUCCUAUGAGACGGCAAGUGUUGCAACCAACACUCCUCAAUCCAUUGUCUCCUACAAUGGAGAUGCUCUCUUUCCACCAACACCAACUUCCAACUCACCCCUUGCCAAGACGAUACGAGAACGCAACAUGACACAAUUUGAACCAAGAAUCAUUGAUAUGACCGGACAAGUCUCUGGUAGCUUUGAAGGAGAUAUUAAUGCUAGUCCAAUCGCAAGGUCACCCACCAUGAAACGAACCAACAAGCCCAGAGACCGAGGAUUUGAUGAUGAUGACAGUCAGCUCUUGAUUGGAGAAAGUAUCAUGGACCAAAGCAUGGACUACAACAGCAAUGUUGACCGUUAUGCUACAGCUCAACACAAUACCAGCAUUUCAUCUAGGAUGGACGAAGAAAGCACACACAGUGGCAAUUAUUUCAAAAGUACAGCUUCCAUGGGUGGAGGUUCCAACCAUUCUCGCCACUCGCAAAGAAACGACAAUGUCAGUGCCAUCACAACACCUUCUGCCACUACAGGGAAUAUUAGCAGCAACAUUCGACACUUGACGGGAUUGCGAGGAUGGUCCAGCGAUAACAAUGCGGAACGAGGCUAUUUUCUGGACUCGGACGAACGGUAUUAUUAA